GUCCAGAGGACAUUCACAGACUAAUAGAGGACAGGAACCAGAAGCUGAAGGAAAAAGAGACACAACUGGAUGACAUGACCCAGCAGGUGAGAGAGAAGGAGAGACAACAGGAGGAGCUUAGAAAAGACCUGCAGGACAAGAACAACCAAGUAGAGAAGCUCACAGUCCAACUGCAGGAGAAAGACUCUGAACUGGAGGAGAGGAACCAGAGACAGAGAGAAAAGGAGGGAGAAUUAGAAGAGAGAGACCAGCAACUGGUGAGACUAGACAGUGAAUGUAAAGAGAGAGAGAAGAGACUGAAAGAUAAUAAAAAAGAACUAGGAGAGAGAGAUGAACUACUGAAGGAGAGAGAUAAAGUGUGUAAUGAGAAAGACAAGCAGCUGAAGGAGAAAGAUGAUGAACUAAAGAGGAGGCAGGAGGAACUGGGAGAGAAAAACAAACAACUAGGAGAGAGAGACCAACGACUGGAGAGACUAGAGAGUGAAGUUAAAGAGACACAGAAGAGACUGCAAGAGAAGGACAAACAACUAAGAGAGAGAGAUGAACUUCUAGAGGACAGGAACCAGAAGCUGGAGGAAAAGGACCGACACCUGGAGGAGGUGAACAAGACACUGAGGGAGAGUGAAAAGAGGAUAGAAGAGAAGGAUUCACUCCUGGAGGAGAGGAAUAAACAACUAGAGGACACAGAGAGCAGACUGGAGGAAACCAAAACACAACUGAAGGAGAAGAACCAACACCUUCAGGAGAAAGAGACACAACUGGAUGACAUGACCCAGCAGGUGAGAGAGAAGGAGAGACAACAGGAGGAGCUUAGAAAAGACCUGCAGGACAAGAACAACCAAGUAGAGAAGCUCACAGUCCAACUGCAGGAGAAAGACUCGGAAGUAGAGGAGAGGAAACAGAGACUGAGAGAGAAGGAGGGAGAAUUAGAAGAGAGAGACCAACGACUGGAGAGACUAGAGAGUGAAGGUAAAGAGAGAGAGAAGAGUCUGGAAGAGAAAGACAAACAACUAGGAAACAGAGAUGGACUUCUGAAGGAGAGAGAUAAAGUGUGUGAUGAGAAAGACAAGCAGCUGAAGGAGAAAGAUGAUGAACUAAAGAGGAGGCAGGAGGAACUGGGAGAGAAAAACAAACAACUAGGAGAGAGAGACCAACGACUGGAGAGACUAGAGAGUGAAGGUAAAGAGACACAGAAGAGACUGCAAGAGAAGGACAAACAACUAGGAGAGAGAGAUGAACUGCUGAAGGAGAGAGACAGACAUGUGGAAGAUGUCAAAAAUGAAAACAUUAAACUUGCACAGCAGAUAUGUGACCUAAACACUGAGGUAGAGAGACAGAGAAAUGAGUUAUCGUUUAAAACCACUGAGAGAGGAGAGAUCUCAGAAGCAGCCCCCAAACUACCAAUCAGGAGGAGACGCAACAGCUUGGAUCUUCGUCCAAACAGUGAGUCCUCAACACUGUUAAAACACCUGAAUAUCUGA